CAGUAUCGUCAAUUAACAAACCGCAAUCAACAACAACAGGUCGUUUACUGAUUAAUUUAGUAGGAAAACAGAAAAGUGAAACUUCGUAGUAUUAUAAGAAAUAGUAUUCCUGUGACAAACUACUCUAAUCGAAAAAUAAACACAAAAACUAGUUUACUUAACGUUAUAACUACAUCCUAAACGAAAUGCCUCAUCUCGUGGACCAUUACAUCCCACUCCCUGCUGCGAUGGGGAGUCCCAAGCUCAAAACAGUGCCCAAGGCCAUCUACAACCACCUGCGAGGAUUCCCGGUCGUCAACGGCGAAAUCACCCAGCUCUCGGCCAAGGUACGCGACUUUGUGGAACAAUCGGCCGCCCUUUGUCAACCGGACAAGAUUCACAUCGUUGAUGGCAGCGCCGAUGAGAGCAGCACACUACUGAAGAUGCUUCACCGACAAGGAACGAUCCAACCUCUGCCAAAGUACGAGAACUGCUGGCUAGCACGCACCAACCCAGCGGACGUAGCUCGCGUGGAAUCGAAGACCUUCAUCUGCACCGAAAAACGCGAGGAAGCCAUCCCCACCCCCAAGGAAGGAGUCAAAGGAAGCCUCGGAAACUGGAUCUCCCCCGAUGAUUACAGCUCGGCCAUUCACGCACGUUUCCCAGGUUGCAUGAAAGGUCGCACCAUGUACGUCGUACCAUUCUCGAUGGGACCGAUCGCGUCACCACUGGCCAAGAUCGGUGUGGAGAUCACCGACUCAGCAUACGUCGUCAACUCGAUGCGCAUCAUGACCCGGAUGGGCGAAGAAGUUCUGGAGAAACUGUCGGACAAUUCGGACUUUGUGAAGUGCCUCCACUCGGUGGGAACCCCUGCAAACGGUAAGGUGUCCAUGCCGGCAUGGCCUUGCGACCCCGAACGAACGAUCAUCCUGCACAAACCGGCCAACAACGAGAUCGUAUCCUACGGAUCCGGUUACGGUGGUAACUCCCUGCUAGGCAAGAAGUGCCUAGCUCUCCGUAUCGGUAGCACCAUUGCUCGUCGCGAGGGAUGGCUCGCCGAACAUAUGCUCAUCCUCGGCAUAACGAACCCCAACGGAGAUAAGAAAUACAUUGCCGCCGCCUUCCCGUCUGCUUGUGGCAAAACUAAUCUCGCCAUGAUGAACCCCACGCUGCCAGGUUACAAGGUCGAGUGUGUUGGCGAUGACAUCGCCUGGAUGAAGUUCGACUCGAAAGGUCAACUGAGGGCCAUCAACCCAGAAAACGGAUUUUUCGGCGUAGCUCCCGGAACUUCGUCCGCUACCAACCCGAAUGCCAUGAACACCAUCUACAAAAACACCCUGUUCACCAACGUUGCUUCCACUUCGGACGGAGGUGUCUUCUGGGAAGGAAUGGAAGAAGAAAUUGCCCCGGGUGUUCAGAUCACCGACUGGCUCGGUCAACCGUGGAAGAAAGGUGAAUCCAAAACUCCAGCUGCACACCCGAACUCCCGCUUCUGUGCCCCGGCCAAUCAAUGCCCCAUCAUUGAUCCCGCCUGGGAAGAUAACGAAGGUGUCCCAAUCUCCGCCAUUCUCUUCGGAGGUCGACGACCCGCCGGUGUCCCACUGGUCUACGAAGCCAACUCGUGGUCCCAUGGAGUCUUCCUUGGCUCAGCGAUGCGCAGUGAGGCUACCGCCGCCGCGGAACACAAGGGCAAAGUGAUCAUGAACGAUCCCUUCGCGAUGCGACCAUUCUUCGGCUACAACUUCGGAGACUACCUCAAGCACUGGCUCAGCAUGGAGGGUCGUGCCUCAGCCGCUGGCGGCGAAAUGCCCAAGAUCUUCCACGUCAACUGGUUCCGCAAGGACGACCAGGGCAAAUUCCUCUGGCCCGGAUUCGGCGAAAACAGCCGAGUGCUGGACUGGGUCCUGCGACGAAUCGACGGCGAGGAAUGCUACCAACAGACCCCCAUUGGCCGAAUUCCAACGCCUGGUGCCAUAAACAUGGAAGGUCUCGGCCAGCGGGUCGACGAAAAGCAGCUGUUCUCCAUUCCGAAGAAGUUCUGGCAGAACGAGGUCGAAGAAAUCAAACAGUACUACGACAACCAACUGCCUCACGAUCUGCCCGCAGAGAUCGGCAAAGAAUGGCAAGAACUGAAGAGCCGUGUGGAAGACAUGUAAUGACUGCAUAGAUUGUACAAACCAAAACUAGAUGUUAAGCCCGAUAAUUUAUGACGCGAAAUAGCCUAAUUGUUCUUUUAAGUAUUAACGUGUACACAAGUAGUGUAAAUAAAAUAAGAUCUGCUGUAUAUUUGAAAAUGAAAA